AUGGGUUCUUCUUCAAGAACUCAUCAUCAACUAGAUCUUGCCUUCCUCUUCUUUGCUUCACUUACAUGCCUGUCUCUGUCACAUACUUCUCUCCCCAGUGAGUAUUCGAUCAUCGGCCAUGGACAGGACCAAAACGACGCCAUUUCGGACGAACGGGUCAUCGAGCUCUUCCAGAGAUGGAAGGCGAAGCACAAGAAGGUGUACAAUCAUGCGGAGGAGGCCGAGAAGCGGCUCGAGAACUUCAAGAGUAACUUGAGAUACGUAGUGGAGAGAAAUAGGGAGGGCAAGAGGUCAGGCGAUGACAAGAGGCAUAGCGUGGGGCUGAACAAGUUUGCUGACUUGAGCAACGAGGAGUUCAAGCAACUUUACUUGUCCAAGGUGAAGAAGUCGGUCAACCAAAAGUGGAGGGCCAAAAGAGAGAGCUUGAGGAGGAGCGAGAGGAAGGGAGUGCAGUCUUGCGAGGCACCAUCUUCUUUGGAUUGGAGGAACUAUGGCAUCGUCACUGGUGUGAAGUACCAAGGACAAUGCGGUACGUCUUUGACCUGCUAA